CCUCAUUCCAAGUGCUUUGGUAGGUCUACUGCCUCAGCUCGCAUAUCUACUUGUCUCUUCUCGUGCAAAGCUGUGUCAUUCUUCACAUACCCCUGCGCAGCAGAACCCUGCCAAUCUUGGCGAGAAGUUAGUAGCAGGCAUUGGCUGCUUUCCUGAAGCUUUGCCACCGAGAAAAAGAGAGAGCGAGAGAUGGGGAAGAAGCUAGGUUUGGACAAGGUCCUUGACUGCUUCUCCCUCUCUCUGUGCACGAACGCCUGCGCCUGCAUACAUUCAGUGGAAGACGAGGAGGAGGCCAUCGAGAGGGAGGCGCUGGUGAGCUCUCAGCUGGAGGAGCUGGUGAAGCUCAAGGACCUCGUCGGUGGUGCCAAGACACUCGCUUUCCAUCUGGAGCCAAAGACCGUGGAGCUCAGGGUGUCCAUGCACUGCUACGGAUGCGCCAAGAAAGUUCAGAAGCACAUAUCCAAGAUGGACGGUGUUACGUCGUUUGAGGUAGAUCUGGAGAGGAAGAAGGUGGUGGUGAUAGGGGACAUCACGCCGUAUGAGGUGUUGGAGAGCGUCUCCAAGGUGAUGAAGUUCGCGGAGCUGUGGGUGGCCCCCAACUCCACCAAGGUUGCUGCCAGUAGCUAGCUACAGUGAUGGUCCUACUAUGGUAGAUCGACGGGUCAUACUAUAUACGAUGGUACAUAUGAGACCUCGCCGCAUCAAGUAUUCGAUUUUUAUGGCAUUGGGGUCGUGAGGUCGUCCGUCCAGCUCUCGUCCUACUCCCACACGAUGCCAAAAUUUUUUUAUUAAUAAA